AUGACGCUCUAUUCAGGUUCUGAGUUGCUAGGUAAGGAGCGCCUGUCUCGAUUAGUAGCGAAGGAGAAGAAGCAGCCAGAGUUGAAGGGGCGUAGUAGGUCUGAGCGGUUGCUGGAUGAGAGUCUUAAAACAAUAAAGGGAAGGCUGCCACAAGAUUCCAGGAUCUCGUCGGCUGCCUAUACCGUGGCCCAAACCAUCGCACGAAGGCCACAAGACCCCAGAGCGGCAACAGGUCCGAUUCUGGGAGGCGUUCCCCUCAAAGGUACGCCCGCGAUAGGUCGGGAAGGUUCGUCGCUAAAAAGGCCAGGCGCCCCGGUGACAGCAAGGGACACAUUGAUUCUAUUGGUAAGACGACUAUCGCUGAAGGAAAAGCUUCCUCGUACGUUUGAGUUGUUCGAGCGCUUCUUCAGCAAGGGAGACGGCUCCGUCCUUGUAGAACAGUGGCGAUUUGCGGUUGAAUGUAGCGCCAUGGAGCCGAGCAAAACACCGGACGCGCCAGGACGUAGUGAGUGGGUAAUAUUUUGGAUGCUGUGGAACUGGUCGCAGUCACAGCUGGUAAAGAAUUCAGGAGAUGUACGUUUGACGCUGUUGCACCUGAUGGAAAAGCACUUCCAACCUCCUGGUGGCUGGUCGGCUGACUCUCAGGAAAGUCCGGCAAAGAAAAGUUGGGAACGGCCGGGUAUCGGGUCGCUGAGCCAAAUGCCCAUGAGCCAGAUCCCCCUAACGCUCUACGGCAUGGUAGGACGCCGACUGCUUCACAUGAUCUGGCUCCCGUUGGUCGUCACGCCGUACCUCUACUCCGACGAUUUCCACUCCUUCCACAGGUCAGUGGACUGGCUGCGACAGGCGGUUCUGGAACUGCCGGAAAGCGUUGGUAAAGAGCUGCAGGCAUUCUACGACCAACAGGAAGUUCAUGGCCAACAGGAAGUUUGUGGCCAACAGGAAGUUCGUGGCCAGCGGCAAGCUGGUGAUCCGGAUAUGUGGAAAGUGCCAAGCGAAUCCCAGUUGAUGUUCCAGUACCACCGGUGGGUAUUUGAGGGUCUGGAAAAGCUGUACGAGAUGCGCCGGACCCCUUGGGGGUUGGCGGAUGCUCGCCUGUUGAUUGGCGACCUAUAUAGGAACCAUCUAGGUCGCUUUGUUACCGUUCAACGCGAAAAAAUAGAGGCUUGGCAAGCCGCGCUCGUUUCUGCCACCCAUGCCCCUCACAAGCCCGCACCUGCCAUCGUGGCGCCGGGCCAGGCCGACCGGCCCGUGGUGGACACGCGCGUCGAACAGGUCACCGCCCUCGACGGCAGCGGCGCCUGGGCAAACAGGCACCUAUAUACCUAA